ACAACUGUGUCAACAUAUUAAGAGUCAGACUUUAAACAGUGCACCAGCUUUUUGUAACUGUAAGUGCUCUGCCCUUGAAAACUUGUAUUAUGGCAGAAAAAUUCCAACACAAUGAGAAAAUGUACAUACAUAUAUGCACAUCUGUAUAUAUAUACUCACAUUUUUAAAUACAUGCACACAAAGUAUAUGUGUUCUGUUAUUAGCAUGAAGGCAAUGGUGGUGAAUUCUCAGUGCCAUUAUGAAAGAAGGUAAGCAAGAGUGAACUUUACAAAAGCUAAUUCUAUGUCUGCUGAUCCCCUGAAAGAUGACAUGCUGAACUGCCAGGAUAAGCAGGAAGAGGACACCCCAAACAGUUCCCCGUUUGACUUUGUUAUAAAACAGUUCCAAGGAAAGAGCUGUGCUCCUGAAAAAAGGAAAGAGCAGCCUUCAGCCAUCAAAAAAUUCUUCAGGGGCUUUGACUUUGGGAAAUCUGAAGGCAAGGAGAGAAGGGAAAUUGAAGAAAAAGAAAUAAACAACUCUGGAGCUGAUGAUCAGAGUGAGAAGGAAGAUCUCUCUGUAGAAGAUGGACACUCACAUCUCAUUUCUGAAGCGGAGUCCCCAUCUGGUGAGCAGAGAUUUAACCAGUUCAUGCAGAAACUGGGAAAGAAACCCAACAGCAAGAAUCUUGAUCUAAAUCAUUGUGCAUUAAGUGAAGAAGAUGUAACAGAGCUGGCUUCUUUACUGCCAUUUCUCCCAGAGCUGGAAGAGAUCAGCCUGUCCUGGAAUGGUUGUGUUGGUGGGACUUUGAAGGCUCUCACUGUCCAUCUUCAUCAUGUGAACCUGUUAAAAGUCCUUCGACUUAACAACUGCAGGCUGACAGCUGAGGAUGUCAUCUCCUUAGGAGAGGCAUUUGAAAUUGUUUCUCAGCUUGAAGAACUGGAUUUGUCAUGGAACAGUAACAUAGGUGGAAAACUAUCACUGCUGACAAAAAAAUUCCAGAAAGGAUGCAAGUUAAAAUGUCUGAAAAUUACAGACUGUAACCUGACGGCAAAGGAUGGGGAAUCCCUUGCUGAAUUUCUAAAUGUGAUCCCAAACCUCGAAGUAUUAGAUCUCUCUAUCAACAAACACAUCGGCUGCAGCAUGAAGGUUAUGGCUCAGGAUCUGAAAAACGUGCCAGGCUUGAAAGAGUUAAACUUGCACAUGUGUGGAUUAAAGCAAGACAGCCUCCAGGGCUUAGACACUGCUUUGCAGCACCUCACAGAGCUGAGGAAAUUAGACAUAUCGUGUAACAGAGAGAUUGGUGGUGGCUUUAAAGACUCAACAGCUCAUCUGGCCAGCUUGAAAAAUCUGGAAGUUCUUGAUCUUCACCAGUGCUGCAUCACAGAAGAGGACAUGACCGUUUUGUCCCAGGUGAUACCUUUACUCUCCAAUCUUCAAGAGCUGAAUUUAUCCUCGAAUAAAAGUGUAGGAGUCUCAUCUGAUCCUCUUCUGGGCCGGCUCAGGUUUUUGCCGAAGCUGAAAUCUGUGGCCAUCAGCAACUGUGGUUUAGGUGAAGACUCACUUUCAUCACUAGCUGAGGCUGCCCUUCACCUUCCUGAACUGGAGAUAUUAGACCUUUCUUGGAAUAAGUGCGUUGGUGGGAACCUAAAGCUGCUUUUGGGAGCACUAAAGCUUGCAGCAGAGAUUCAAGUGUUAAGACUGAGCAGCUGUAACUUGGUGGCUGAAGAUUUGGCACUUCUAACAUCACUGACACAGGAUGGCCAUCUCUCCAGAUUGCAGAAGCUGGAUCUGAGUUACAAUGACAGCAUCUCUGAUGCAGGGUGGGCUGUUUUCUGUCAGGGUUUAGCAGUAUCCAAGGAACUCUCGGAGCUGGAUCUCAGCCUCCGCCCGUCAUCCUGCCGGGACUGCGGGACGUGGUUCAGUGAGUUGUUGGCAGCACUGGCACAGCUCCCUGCCCUGGCAGAGCUGGGCAUGCAGAGAUGGGUCCUUUCAGAACCCCAGAGGAAACAACUGGAAAACUUUAAUCACGACAACAAAAGAAACAUUCGCUUUGACUGUUGAUGGAGGCGGAAGGUUUCUGGGAGGCCUUUCAUGAGCAGCACAUGGACCAAGUGUUAUGUGUCUCUCACUUAGGAGACUACACAGUUUUUAAUAAUCUCUUGAAAUAGUUUCACAGUUAUAGAAAACUGUUAUUUAACCCUCUGCAUCAUAGAUCAUUCUAUUUAAUAACCUAUUCUUUGAGAUUCUCUGGGCCAUGCUUACACUGCUAUAGGCACUUAAUCUUCAUGGUGCAGUGGGUAGUGCCCAAAGAGCAGUGCUGGACUCAGAUGGACACACUGCAGGUUUGCCAGGGAAGUGGAGGGGAUGUGUGUUAAUGCAGGUGGGUGGGCAGCGUGAAUGUGGCCUCAGAAAAUGCCUCUAAUGUGAAAAUACUUGAAACCUCUGUGUUUUAAAUUUUAGUUUCUUCUCCCCCAAAAGUUUUGCCUCUUCGUGAACAAAUUAAAUCUACAUAAUUGGGAGAUUUGGAAACCAUCCCAACAACUAAGCAUUAUAUAUUAGUCCAGUAAGGAGAAUACAGGAGGAGCUGUUUUGCCUCUGCUCUGGUCCUUGAUGCCAUCUUGUAGUGUAGAUGAGUCCUGUGUACAGAAUCAACAUAAAAUCAAGCCCAGGCCUGGUGCUGCACCAUGUACCUAAAGAGAUUAGGAGACCCUUCGGUCCUGCAUUUGGAAGCAGCUGAAGUUCAUGGAAUUUCCAUGUUGCAGCAAACCAAGAUCUUCCCCCUUCUCUUGCUCCUGCCUGCAAUUUAUUGAUGACUUCUGGCAGAGUUCUGACUUUAAUUCCUUUAUCUUAUCCCAGUUAUAAUCUCUGUAAUGACUCCAGGAGAAAGACUUCCUCUGGAAAGAUACUGGUUUUCAGGCAGGCUAAGGCAUUUAAAACUUAUCAGUUCCUUCACUUCCAGAGGUAUCUAAACACAGUCAUUAAAAAGAUACAUUAUGUCAAUUAAGCAGUAAUCUUUGGGAUUUUGUUUUUAGAGGAAAAAAUCUCCCAAGAAAAUGCUGUGGAGCUGCAUUACGGUUGAUGGAUGAACACAGAAUAUUCUGCUCAUUAAUGUCACAUUAUACCUCACAGUAUGGUGGAAAUUUUGGCAAAGAAAUCCAUGUUGUUUCCUCUGCUGGAAAGAUUUCUUAUGGGGUUAAUUUUAUUUCUUAGCAGAAACAUUAGUCUGCUUCUUCAUUUCCUUUGUGUGCACAGUGCAGGGGAGAGCAAUUCAAAUGAAUGAAAUCUGAAAGUGAGUCUUUUGCAUAAAUUACUACUUUGGUGAAUGUAACUUUCAAGAAGAAAAUUGCACCAGUGAAAAAAUCCUUCUUAGACGUGUUGCAUUGUAUAAAAAGGAAGGUGUAUUCUGAGCCCUACAAUGGGGAUGUCCAUGAAUACUGUUACACUUAUCAUAGCACAGCUUUAGGGUGCAUAAUUGUUCAUGAUUAAAUGAAUAGCAAGUGUCAGUAGAGUUAAAGGCAUUAACAAUAUCACAUCCAUUUUUAAAUUGCCCUCUGCUCAGUUUGCAAUAUUGAUUCUAUGCAAAUGCAGCUCUGAUUUUCUAGUGCACACAGAAAAAAAGAAAAAGCUGCAGCAGUUCCUCCGGUCAGCGUUUCAUCUUUUGAUUCAACACAAAGCACACGUCGGUUCGCCCAGAUCUUCACCUGCACUAUGUGCAGGCCUGUCAAAAAUCGGGCCAGCCUGAAAACCCCUUCGUUGCUCAUGUGCUUCAAGAAGCUG